CCGGCAAUAGUUAGCCUGCCGUUUACUAGAGGUGAAAGACGAUCGGUCUUAGCCGCUUUUGACGUGGGCGCCUUUUUCGCGUGGGAGUCUACUACAGGAACCUUUGAUCGUUUAGCUUUUCACGAGGCUUUCAGAACAAAAAAUGCUCCGUACAUUAAUCCAUGGCCGCUCCCGAGGUCCAUUGUUAUCCUAGAUAACGCAAAAAUCCACAUGUACCGCGAGCAGGGCUGCCGAAUAUGGUAUUGUCAUUUAUUAGCGCAGAUAGAGCCUCAUAAAUAA